AUGUUCCUCCGUCAGAGCGAGCCUUCAAGUCUCAAGUAUGCAGUCUCCAUUCCACCAUAUCUUCGCCUCAACGACGUCUGGAAAGGCAUCAGGGAGCCUCUGCCCCCUUCGCUUCAAGACGUCUUGUACCAUUACGAAUACACGACUAGUCUUACACUCGCCACUGAUGACCCAGCGAAGGCCGCCUGGCAGUCAUGCAUACCGGAAAUGGCACAUGCGCAUGAGUUCCUUGUCAACUGUGUGCUGUCGGUUGCAUCACUCCAUCUUGGUCGACUUCAUGAAGACAGAAUUCAGAAGACUAGCAUGAAUGCUGUGGCAGCAUCAAGGAUGAACAAAGCCCUGAUACGAUAUCGCCCUGCAUUGGAGAACAUCACAGCAGAAAAUGCAGCAGCGCUCUUCGCAAGCUCAACACUAACGGCUGUGUACUUGUUUCGCACGUCGGCUAUUGACAUCGAGAUACUGCGCGAAACCAUACCCUACGGCACCGUUAUACCGCCCCCUGGCGUGGUCGAUAAGAUGAUGUCCUGCAUCCUGCGGACAGUUUGGGGUCUUCGUGGUCCACUUACCGUGUUGAUGAGUGGCUGGAAGCAUGUUGUCAAUGGUGCAAUGCAUCCUGUUGCGGCACGCAAGUGGUGGCCACAAAAAUGCACACCAGCUACUGCUCGUGCAGAAGCCGAAGAUGAACGGUUACGCAAGAUCGAUGAACUUUGGAUCUCUACAGACAAGGCUUUGGAACCGCAAUGUCAUCAUCUCAACGAGGCAUUGGCUUUUUUGCGCCAGACGUACGCAUUGGUGUCGCAACUCACACUCCCUGGAGUAUUCCCCCCAAUGACAGCGGUUCCUUACGCAAUUGACGACACCACCACGGGCGUGCUUACCGACCGUGGUGCCAUCUUUGUAUGGUCGACUCUCAUAUCGCGUGAGUUCAUAAAGCUCCUCGAAAGCAAAGAUCGCGAUGCUCUUGUUAUCCUUGCACAUUAUGCUGUACUGCCUGGUCGAGUACGUAACGUAUGGUGGCUGGAAGGCCUGGGUGCUGACUUUGUCACCGCCAUAGCCAUGGCGAUCGGUAUUGAGAAUUGGUAUCUGAUAGAGUGGCCCGCUCAUGUUGUUGGGGUUGAUCUGUGGAAUGCUUUUGGUGUUAGAAAGGACAGGCUCCAUGGCAAGCCUGAUGAGCUGCACAUGGACGUGAUUUGA